CGGAAUUACUUAUACCCAGUACAACAUGCUAGCUGAAAAAGAAUCUCAAUCCUGCCUAUUCGUGAGAGAGAGAGAGAGAGAGAGAGAGAGAAAGAAGGGUGGGUGACCUGUGAAGUGUGAAGGGAGCUCGCAUGGCAAACUCAAAGACAAGAACGAGCACCAACAACCCAUUAGGAGGCGAGUAUCAGGUGUUUCUGAGUUUCCGAGGGCCUGACACUCGUCGGGGAAUCACCAAUAGCCUUUACCACGCCUUGGUAGAUGCUGGGAUUCACGUUUUCAUGGAUGAUGAAGAGCUUCGACCAGGAGAAAGAAUUAGUGGCAACCUUCUGCUAGCGAUCGACGACUCUAAGCUUUACAUACCCAUCUUCUCCCAAACCUAUGCUUCGAGUCAUUGGUGUCUUCGCGAGCUUGCAAAGAUGGUGGAGAAUUCCUCUAAAUCUAAAGAAGAGGGGAAUGAGAAGGUGAUAUUGCCCAUCUUUUAUGACGUGAAACCUGCUGAUGUGAAACUGAAAACCCCGUUGUACCGUGAUGCCAUACUAAAUUUGGAGCAAAGGAUGGAGGAUCAAAAGAAGAAGUUCAGCUCUAAGGAUAUAGAGACAUGGCGCCAGGCUCUCAAUGAAGUUGAUGACACCAAGGGGUGGCAGCUGAAGAAAUAUCCAGGCGAUGGGGAUCUUAUCGAGGCUGUUGUUUUCGAGGUUGUGGUUAGGCUCAAGACAAGACAAAGAAAAGUGACUAGAGAUUUAGUUGGAAUGGAGGAUCGAAUAGCAGCCAUAAAUGGUCUAUUGGACAUCCAAUCCGGUGGUGUGCGGGUUAUUGGAAUUUAUGGAAUGGGCGGUAUUGGUAAAUCAACACUUGCCAAGAUCAUCUAUAACCAACUAUGUCCUCGCUUUGGGAAAAAUUGUAGCUUUCUUGAUGGUGUAAGGGAAACAGCAAAAACCAAAGGCCUAAUCAAGUUGCAAGAACAAUUGUUAUCCGAUAUCUCUAAUUCUAGAGUGGCUCGAAAUAUUGAUAACAUUGACUAUGGAAUCAAUACAAUUAGAGAAACAAUUUGCAACAAGAAGGUACUAGUUGUAUUGGAUGAUGUUGAUGAGGGAAACCAAAUCGAAUACCUUAUUGGAAUUGAUUCUCUGUACAAUGGUACUAGGAUACUUGUUACCACUAGGGACAAAAGUGUCAUAAAAAUCAGAGGAUUGAAGUAUGAAAUUGUGCCUUAUGAAAUGGAGGUGUUAAGCGACAAAGAUGCACUUCAACUUUUUAGCAGGCAUGCCUUCGAUGCUGACUUUCCUCCAGACAAACUAUAUGACACUUCAAAAGACAUCAUCUCUACUACGGGUGGACUCCCUUCAGCUCUUCAAGCAAUAGGUUCAUUGCUUUUUCUUCAGAAAGAGGAAAAAUAUGGCAAGAGAUGCUAGAGAAGCUAAGAAAAACACCAAGUAGCGAUGUCUUGGGAAAGCUAAGGAUUACCUAUGAUGCCUUAGAAAUGGAUCAGCGGCAGAUAUUUCUCGAUAUUGCAUGCUUUUUCAUUGAUAAAGAUAAGACUAAUCCAGUCUUUGCAUGGAAAGAUUGUGGGUUCAGCCCAGAGUAUGCUAUUGAUGUCCUUAUUAACCGAUGCACUAUAAAGGUUUUAGAUGAAAAUAAGUUUUGGAUGCAUGAUCAAUUUAGAGAUCUUGGAAGGGCAAUUGCUAAUCAAGAGCGUUCCAGGUUGUGGGCUUCAGACGAUAUCAUUCGCGAAUUAAGAUCAACAGAGAUCAAGAGUAGCGUUCAAGCACUGGAUUUGACAAAAUUGUCAAAGACUGAUAAUAACUUAACCGUCACUGCGGAGGAAAUUAAACGUUUCCCACAUCUUCGGCUGCUGUGGUUGCAUAACAUAACCUGCCAAGGCGACUUUACGGGCUGUCUUUCCGAAUUGAAAUGGAUUAGUGUGUUUUACCCUGAUAAAAGUUCCGAACGUCAUCCACGUUUUGAGGCAACCAAUUUGCAUCUAGAAAAUGUGGUUGUGGGGAAUUUCGUUGGCCAUGGGUUCACGGAUGAUCAUGUCAGGGGCCUGAUCAAGGAUGGGAGGAAAUUGAAGGUUCUCACUCUUGAGAAUAAUACGUUGAUUUAUAGGACACCAACCUUUUCUCAAUACUUAGUUUUAGAGAAGUUGAGUAUUUCUAAAUGUUCAUCUUUGAUGGAAAUUGACUGUUCUAUUGGAAAUCUACAGUGGUUGACUGAUUUGAGUAUUGAGUCAUGUCAGAGUCUUGGAAAAUUGCCAGAACAAAUUGGAGAGCUACCGAAUCUUCAGCACCUCUCUCUUAGGAAUUGUGAUAGCUUGAGUGAACUCCCCAAUCAGUUUCGAAAUUAGAGUCAUUGAUGAAGUUGGAUGUAUCUCACACGCCUAUUACAGUAUUACAAGAUUCCAUUGGAAGACUAUCAAGCCUGUCAUCUCUCAAUGUAUCAUCCACACCGAUUGUGAAAGUGCCCAAUACAAUGAGCCAGCUUUGUUGCCUCCAAACACUGGACUUAGAGCAUUGUCAUAAGCUCCAAGAGUUACCAGAGCUCCCUAGAAGUUUGACCACUCUACGAUUGAGAUCUAGUUCAUUGCAGACUGUCCCUAACCUCUCAAACCUUACUAAUAUAGUUGAACUGCUCCUAUCUGAUGGUUCUGAAUCUGACACCACAUCAAAUAUAAAAACUUGUGACUUGCAAUGGAUAGGGAGGUUAUCCAAAUUGAGGAAGCAGCACUUGUGCCUUUUAAAUGUCCGUGCACCGCCUACAGAGUUAGGUCCGCUUUCUCUAUUGACGGAACUUACUAUGAACGGAUUAGAUUUUGAAUCCCUCGAACAACUUCCGUCGAACUUGACAAUUCUAGAGCUUGAUCGCACUCAAGUGAAACAAGUACAACUCGACGGGCUUCCUCAGUUGGAAAAGUUGACUAUUAGAAGGUGUGAACUUGUCAAAAGAUUAUCCUUUCCAUCAAGUUUAAGAAAACUGAGAGAAGCUGAGGUGUCUUCUUGCACUGGGCUAGUCGAAGUUCAUUUUCUCGGUGCCUUAAUAUCUUUGGAGGAAUUAUGUAUUGAGGAUUGCAAAUCUUUAGAGAGGUUUGUUAAUCCAUCGGAGGAGCCAGGGUGUAAUGAGCUACAAGCUACCAAGUUGACUAAUGGUAGGAGGAGAGUGUCCAUUGUCUCAAGCUUUCUAAAGAUGCUUCAAGUAUUCCAGGUGUUGAGGUGCCCAGAGCUAGAGGAGAUUCAAUUUGCUUCUACGUUCAAACCAUUGGGAGUAUUUUCUGUUGAAGGGUGCACUUCAUUAAAAAGGAUAGAUGGUUUGUCAAACUUGAAGAACUUGACACGGUUAGGUAUUGUAGAGUGUGAGAGUCUGCAAGUUGUAGAGGGCAUGGACGAAUUAGAGCGUUUGGAGCAGCUAAAAGUUCAUAGGUGUAAAUCAAUGGAAAGGAUUAUUGAUGUAUCAAGCUCAAAAAUACCAAAGGAGUGCCGGAUACAGAUGAGGGAUUGUGGGGAGUUACUUGACACUGGUCCAGAUGAUUCAAGCACCACUUGGGAGUCUUACAGAGAGAAGACUCUAAAUGCCCCAACACAAGUGUCGGACUCUGAAUUCAAUACUACUUUUUACGACUGUGAAACGGAAAUAGCAACAAGGGAUCUUCUAUCGGAACAGCAAGAUGAUGGUGACGAGCAUGAGGACGGUGACAAGGUCGACGGCAAGGAGGAUGACGAUUUCCUCUCUUGGCAAGAUGAUGGUGACGAGCAUGAGGACAGUGACAAGGUCGACGGCAAGGAGGAUGACAAUAGCGAGGACAAUGGCAAGGAGGAUGACGAUGAUGACAACCACGUGCAUAUAGAUGAUGAUGAUGGCAAGGAGGAUGACGAUGAUGACAACCACGUGCAUAUAGAUGAUGAUGAUGGCAAGGAGGAUGAUGAUGACGAUGACCAUGUGCAUGUGGACAAUGAGGAUGAUGAUAGCGAAGAUGAUGAGAAUGUGCAUUCAUUGGGUAAGCCUUCGCCGGUUUGUUCGGUGGACGGUAACGAUGAGAACGACAAUGUUAUCGAGGAAGGUCAAUGGGAAGGUGACAUCAACAGCCAUAGCAAGGACGACGAGGACGAGGACGAUGAUGGUGAGGAUGACGAGGACCACAAUGUGCAUGGGCUUUUGCAUUCGUCUAGGGAGCCUUCGCCAGUUGGUUCCGUGGACGGUAAUGAUGAGAACGACGAUGUCAACAAGGAAGGUCAAUACGAAGGUGACAGCAACAGCCAUAGCAAGGAUGGUGAGGACGAGGACGAUGACGGUGAGGAUGAUGAGGACAACAAUGUGCGUGAGCUUUCUCAAUCAUCUUGGGGGCCUUCACCGGUUGGUUCCGUGGAUGAUAAUGUUGAGAAUUAUGAUUUCAAUGAGGAAGGCGAAGGUGACGGCUACGACUACAGCUAUGGCGACGGCAAUGAUGAUGAGGGCAAGGAUGAGGACGAGGAGGAGAGGGAUGAUGAAGAAGGCAAACAAGAGCAAGAUGACGGUGAUGACUACAACAACAACGAAUACAAUGACAACAAGGAAGACGAUGGCGAUAAAGAUGGUGACGAGGGUGACUACAAUGGCGAGGGUGAAUACAACGGAGAGGACGAUGACGGCUACUAGGACGGCAAUGUGCAGGAGGUUUUAUGGUCAUCUUGUGGGCCUCCGCGGGUUCAUUCUGUGGACAAUGACAAUAAGGAGGAAGGUUGAAGGCAAAGGCGAAGGCGGAUGCGAUGGCAACAACGAGGACAAGAAAGAGGGCACUGAUGAAGAGGCCGAAGAGGAGGUGAGUGAUGGAAUGGAAUGGUGUACUCGGCUUCUUUUUUUUCCUUCAAAACAUGCGGUGAGAUGAUUAUGGCUAGCAGCUAAAAGAUUGUCGAUGCCUAAUCCUUCCUGUCUCAAGAGCUUAUUAGUGAAGCAACCCUGGUUUCUCGCCUCUUUUAGUUCUUAUCAGGUUUCCUUUUCGAUAGUUCAGAUGUUAAUUCCCUCCUUUCUUUUCCCUCCAUAAAACAACUAUGGUGUGCAAAUGCCCCUAUUUAUAUCACAAAUUAGUUUGGAUCUUA